AAUUGAGCAAGAUUCCCUGAAGCGUAAUUUGUCUGUUUUCAGAUGGUCGCACUUUUCUCUCUGCCAGUUAUCGCUGUGAUGAAGCGUGGAAUAAACGCCUUCAGAAUCAACUGAUUUCAUCCAUAAAUCUUGGUGAUUUUUUGUAUAAUCUGGAUCAUAAGUACAAAAGCGAGGGAAAAGUUAGUGCCAUUGAUGUAGACUUGUUUGUGAACAAAAUAGAAAAAGCAAAUGUUGAAGAGUUUGCUGAAGAACUUGAAGAUAUAAUUCAUCGCCUUCGUCGUUCACCAGAAACCAUCCGAAUGUUGCCUUCAACACCUCAUGCUGUUUUGCGUAUUCUUUUAGAAGGGGGUUGUACCCAGACUCUUCUCAAGAUGCUCUCAGAUCCUCUUAAUUAUGGAAUAUUUCCAGAUUAUUAUACAUCUAACCUUCUUAUGGAUAUCUUCUUAGAGCAGAAGAACUACACAGCUGCAGCUCGAGUGGCAUCACUGAACAUGCUUCAAGAAGAUUUUGGUCCAUUAUUAACCCAAAUGUUGACUUUAGCCUCCUGCUUUUCGUACAUUACCUCAGAUGAGAACCAGCCCUGGGUUAACUAUACUCCACAAGUUGAGGAACCCAAGGAGGAGGUCAAAAUCCGUGUGCGUUAUCUCCGCAACCCAUACUUUGAUGACCACUUUGAUUUGAAAGAGCCUGACCUAAUUGUGGGCAAGACAUUAGCCUGGGUGUCCCCUUUGAUUGGUGGAGCAGUUGGUGUGAGCUGUGAGAUUCUGGGUUGGUCACUUUACAAAAAGUGGACAGAACUGGAAGCAGCACUGGAUCGUGCUAGUAAAGGACAUGACCAAAUUGCUGCUUCUGUGAUCAACCAAGUUAAAAAUCAUUGUGAAGCUUGCAAUGAUGAUGAAGCUAAAGAAAAAGUGACAUCUCUCAUCUCACGGCUGGAGACAAGUGAGUCUAAGGUGGCUGAGCUCGACCUGGGAUCACUUAUUACUGAUAUGCUGCAGAAAGCAGCUGCAGAGGCUGAAUCAGAUGAUAUACAAUCUCAGAAAGCUGCUUUCAUUUCUUGGGAGAAAGAGAGAGAAAAUGAAUUCCAAGCCCAGCUGGAAGAGUACAAGAAGCAGAAGAUGUUGGCCGAGAUAGACGCUAAAAAGAAAGACUUGGCUGCACGGGAGGAAGUCAUUUUCUUCUUCGACAAUAGAGAGAAAUUAGAAAUGCUAUUACCUGCUAAGCGUAAAAAGUUCUAUCCAAAAGGACUAUCGACUACUUACAAGAAGAAAAAGCCCAAGAAGGUCGAUGAAGGAUACAUUCCUCCUGAAGUUAUUAGACGUUAAUGUUCUGCAGAUGUGUCAAUUUUGUGGAUGUCUUGAACACAAGUGAAAGUCUUAACUUGUAAUUAGUUUCAUAAUAUACACUGGAACUUCCUUUAUAUAACGUUAAAAAGAUAUUAUUCUACUGGCCAGAAAUAAAAAAAUGCUGAACCUAUAAGGGUCAUUCACCAGGUCAUAAACUGUUCUCCAGAAGGCUUCAGAAUUUGGGAAAAUAACAAUUUAUGGUUCUCAUACACUGAUUAAAGACAUUUUUAACGUACUGUAUAUAAAUGCUUUCUUCCAAAUGGGAAUGUGGAACAUCAGUGAUAACUUACACAAGAAAUUGAGCAAUGUUUAGCAGCAUAGUUUUUGUAGUUGUCAAUAUCAGGAGUAAAGUAGGUCAUGUAAUAAAAUACUGUACUUUGGACAUAACUUUAUUUUAUACAUAAAAGUCACCAGAAUUGA